GCAGUUUAGACGGGACAGUGGAUUUCUACCCACAGAUCUGAUCCAGUUGAUUUCUCAGAACGACAAGACAAGGACCUAUGAUUAACUGAGAAUUGGCGUAAUAUGAAGACUGCCAGUCGCCACGACAGCCCUGUCGCCGUGAUAUGAACAGAAUGAGGGAGAGUCCCAGGAGGCCCAUAAUCCUCAAGAGGAGGAAACUGCCAUUUCAGAGAAAUGGACCUGAUGGACAUGUUGAGGCGUCUGAUGGGCCACGGACCAAGGCUGCCCCGCCGCCAAGCGCUCAGUCCUUUCCUCACGGCAUUUGUAUCAUGGACCAUCCUUCUAUGCCUGACACACAGGUAGUGGUCAUUCCAAAGACUGCUGAUCUUCAAAGUGUCAUUGGUGCGCUGACUGCCAAAGGGAAGGAGCGUGGCCCGCAGGGGCCAAACAAGUUCAUUUUACUGAGUGGGAGCAGUAGUCUGGAGGAUGGAGCCAGCCCUUUCUUCAGUGCCUCAUCAGAGGCUGGACAAACCUCAUGCAAAAGCAGCCAGACUCUUGCUGUUGGACCUGAGGGACGAAUAACCACAGAUAAUGUGGAUUCUAGUAAACCUUUGAAAAAAGAAGCAGACUGCAGUCCUUUAGACAACAGCCUGACAAAUAUCCAGUGGCUGGGCAGAAUGAGUACCGAUGUCCUAGACCCUGAGUUGGAAAGGAAAGAUUCCAGUAAGGAAAAUCCACAGCUUCAACAGUCAAAGUAUGCUGAUGAAGAGGUGGGUGCAGUUAAAGACCCUCUAUCAGAAAGACCACCUUACUCUUACAUGGCCAUGAUCCAGUUUGCUAUCAACAGCAAGAAAACUAGGAGAAUGACUCUGAAGGAAAUCUAUAAUUGGAUAGAAGAUCACUUCCCAUACUUUCGGAAUGUGGCUAAACCAGGUUGGAAGAAUUCUAUUCGGCAUAACCUCUCUCUGCAUGACAUGUUUGUCCGGGAGACAACACCAGAUGGCAAGAUCUCCUACUGGACCAUUCGACCAGAGGCAAAUCGUUGUCUUACUUUAGACCAGGUUUAUAAGCCUGUGGUUGACCCAGCGGCCUCCCCUUUCCCUCAGACUGUGCAGGUCUGUGACCCACAACAACAGAAGCGAGCUGUGCCUGAUCAGAAGAGACUUGCACCAUGUGGUAGCACAGAGAGGAAGAUGAAGCCUCUUCUGCCUCGUACAGACUCAUACUUGGUACCUAUCCAGCUUCCUCUGACUCCCUCGCUCUUCCUGCCCUCCUCAGCACCACUCCCUCCGUCCACACUGCAGCACGACUCCAUCUCCUCCACUGCCAGCUCCAGUGGAGGAGGGAAGAGGGUCCGCAUAGCCCCUAAGGUUCUGUCGAGUGAUUCCAGCUCAGUGAAGCCAUGUGCUCCAACCCCAGAUGAGAUAAAGGAAGAGCCCAUGUGUGUUCCUAUCAGCUCUGAGCCCCUUAGGGCUCUGCCAACCAGUGGCAGACGAAGGGAGGCCAGCAGCUCUCGCCGUAAGCAGCGACUGGUCCUGCCAUCCAAUGAGGAGCCUGUCCUGCUUUUCUCUGACAGCACUUUCUUUGACUCUGGUGUGGUAUCAGACAACUCCGCCUGCCAGGAUACACGUGAGGCUGAACAAGAGCCCCAAGAGCUCCACCCUGAACCACAGCCUGAAAGCCCCUCCAGAGGUUAUACUUUCAAAACUCCCAUCAAAAGCAGCCACCCAGCUUCCUCUACACCCAGCAAGCCACCCACAGCUCUAGAAUCCUGGAGGAUCACGCCGCUGGGUAAAAGCAGCCAAGGGGUGCUAGACUUCAGCCCCAUUCGUACGCCCAGUGGCCCACUGCACACUCCACAGCGGCAUGAGCACAUGACGUUCAGUUUGAACAGCACGCCCUUCAAGGAGCUGCCGCUUUUCAACUCCCCCCGUGAGCUCCUCACCUGCAGUCGGCCCUCACCACUCCAUAACACGCCCAGCUGCUCCCGCCGGCUGCAAGUUGGGGCCGCCAACCGUUCUCUUACCGAGGGUCUGGUGUUGGACACCAUGAACGAUAGUCUGAGUAAGAUCCUUGUGGACAUCAGCUUCUCUGCCCUGGAGGAUGACGACUUGGGCAUGGCCAAUAUCAGCUGGUCUCAGCUCAUUCCUGAGCUGAAAUAAUCUUGCUGUGGCUGCCAUAUCUGAAUUUUUUUUUUUUUAUAUAUUUUAUUUUAUUUUUUUUAUUUUUAUAA